AUGAUGAAGCUAUGGAAACGGGCUUCCGGUGCUAUCAAAGACCGGAAAACCUUGUUUUCCAUCGGCUUCUCCCGGAAAACCUCCUUCCGGAACCCUGACCUUGAUUCCGCCAUCAUCCACGCAACCUCUCACGAUGACUCAUCCGUCGAUUACCACAACGCUCACCGAGUCUACAAAUGGAUCCGCUCCUCUCCCUCUAACCUCAAGCCAUUUGUCCACGCGCUCUCCUCUCGUGUUAACCGCACAAGAAGCUGGAUCGUCGCCUUGAAAACCCUAAUGCUCGUCCACGGUGUCCUCUGCUGCAAAGUCCCUUCCCUUCAGGAGAUUCGUCGCCUCCCAUUCGACCUCUCCGAUUUCUCCGACGGCCAUUCCCGUCCCAGCAAGACUUGGGGUUUCAACGCUUUUGUCCGAGCCUAUUUCUCGUUUCUUGACCAAUACUCUUUCUUUUUGUCCGACCAAAUCCGUCGCCGCCACAAAAAGCCUCAAGCAGAUUCGGUUAACCAAGAACUCGAGAGGAUCCAGAAACUUCAGUCUCUCCUCCAUAUGCUUCUCCAAAUCCGUCCGAUGGCUGAUAACAUGAAGAAGACGCUUAUCCUUGAAGCCAUGGACUGCGUUGUGAUGGAGAUCUUCGACGUUUAUGGAAGAAUCUGCAGUGCCAUCGCCAAGCUUCUUAUCAAGAUCCAUCCAGCUGCUGGAAAAGCAGAAGCCGUGAUGGCUCUCAAGAUCGUAAAGAAGGCUACAUCUCAAGGAGAAGAUCUCGCUCUCUACUUUGAGUUCUGCAAAGAAUUUGGGGUCUCAAACGCGCAUGAGAUCCCUAAAUUCGUCAGAAUCCCGGAAGAAGACAUUCAAGCAAUCGAGAAUGUCAUCAAUGGAGUCGACGUAAAAGAGGAGACAAAGGAGAUGGAGGAGGAAGUAGAGGAAGAAAAGGGUAUCAUAUUAGUGGAGAGGCCGGAGUUGAAGACAAUCAUAACCGAUAAAUGGGAAGUUUUCGAAGACGACUAUUUUUUAACAAGUCAUGAGAUUAAAGAAGCUGAUCAGCAUAGAAAGUACGACGUGGAUCCGAGUCCGCUGCCUCUUAUAGUUAUCGACGAGCCAGUUUACUUCACUCACACGUUACCAGAUUUGAUUACCUUCUAA